AUGGUAGCGGAUACGACGCUGUACGACACUCUCGGUGUCAGCCCAAAUGCCCAAGGACCCGAGAUCAAGAAGGCUUACCGUAAGCUUGCCUUGAAGCUCCAUCCCGACAAGAACCCCGGUCCAGAGGCUGAGCAAAAGUUCAAAGAGGUGUCUGCCGCUUAUGAAGUGCUCUCUGAUGAACAGAAGAGAGAGACCUACGAUCGAUAUGGCAUGGAAGGACUGAAGGAAGGCCGAGGCGGCGGAGGAGGAUUCGACGGAAACGACAUCUUCUCCAUGUUCUUCGGUGGUGGUGGAGGACCAUUCGGCGGCGGCGGACGAUCUCGUGGCCCAAGACGCGGCCAAGAUAUCGGCCACGAGCUCCGAGUUCAGCUCGAAGAUCUUUACAACGGCAAGACCAAGAAGCUUGCCAUCCAGCGACAAGUUAUCUGCUGCAAGUGCGACGGCAAGGGCGGUCAAGGAGCUCCAACUAGAUGCACUGUCUGCAAGGGUACAGGAAUGACUGUUCGAGUUCAUCGAAUGGGCCCAAUGAUUCAGCAGGUCCAGUCUCCAUGCGGCGACUGUCGAGGAGAAGGAGAAAUGUGGUCGGCCAAGGAUAAGUGCAAGCACUGUAACGGUAGAAAGAUUGAUAAAGCAAAGGAAAUCCUCGAAGUACACAUUGAGAAGGGUAUGCAAGACGGAGAAAAGAUCCGAUUCCGAGGAAAAGCUGACGAAGAGCCUGGAGUUGAAGCCGGAGAUAUCGUUAUUAUCUUACGAGUAGCUGAUCACGAUGUUUUCCAACGAAAAGGUAACAAUCUCUUGAUGAAGAUGAAGAUCGGUCUGAACGAAGCGCUCACUGGUUUCACCAGGGAAGUUACGACUCUCGAUAAUCGCAAAAUCUGUAUUACACAACUCCCUGGCGAGUUUGUUCAGCAUGAAGGACUCAAAGUUGCGGAUGGGGAAGGUAUGCCCGUCCAUCGCGAUCCUUUCCAAAAGGGCGCUCUCGUUAUCCAGUUUGAAGUCGAGUACCCAGACAAGGAAUGGUUCUCGAAUACUGAAAAUAUUGCCGCUCUUUCCGCCCUCCUUCCAAACAAAGCGGAUCAAGCUGAAGUCCGCGACAGAGAAGAAGUCAUGCUGCAAGACUUCGAUGCGCACCUCCACUCUGGCCGUGGACGCGGCGGCGCCCGAAACGCCUACGACCACGGUGACGACGACGACGAUGAAGGCAUGGGCGGCGGCGGCGUUCGAUGCCAACAGCAGUAA